AUGUUUCUGACAUUUUGGGUGGGAAUGCAGCUAGUGGAGAAGACCUAUUGGAGGAUAUGCAACCACACGAUCAUUCUGACGGUGAAUGGUAGUUUCCCUGGGCCGACCCUCCGCGUUCGCAAGGGGGAUACUGCUUUUGUUAAUGUUCAUAAUCACGGGACCUAUGGCGUCACCAUUCACUGGUCCCUCUCUCCCGCUCUCGCUCGCUCGCUCUCACUCACUGUUUCCCUCUAUAAUAAUGCUUUGUGCAGCCAGCACGACUGGGUCGGAAAUUGUUAG